UCAGGACUCGAUGUGGCUUCAUCGUAGGGGAGGUUCGUUAACGUGCGCCUGACGACGUGGUACGCGACGCAGACGAGUGAUCCAUGAAUAAAAAUCGGAGCAAAAGCGCGCGGUGUCAUCGUCCACGGGUCACCAGGUCGACCGCCUUUGCGACCCGCUUCGCGAGUGUCGAUCGAUGAUCCGGAAGUUACGAUUCGCGGAAUAUACGGCGGCACGAUCGCGUUUUUCCGGUGUUUAGGCGCGAUAUCGCUCAAGUUAACGCGAGUGGAUUCUUCGUUUAAUGUCUUCUUUCUUUUUACGUUAAUUUUGAGAAUUUAUCUCAAUUAUACUCCGGGCGCAUAUACGAUCGUCUCGCGAGUGCGCGCGUAACGCACAUGCUCGCUCGCUGCACGCUCGGCCGCCGCAAGGUCGAGGGAUAAGUGCGAAAAGAUCGACGCCCUCGAUCAGCCGCGCACUGUGCUCCAAGCAAAUACUGCAAUCCGGAUACUUAUGUAGCCGUGUUCGAUUAACCAGAAACGUGCGUUACAAUUAGGCCUAUUUGCGGCACUUUAAUCGACACGCAGCGUCGAUGUAUCGUGUAUAAUUUUGUCGGCAACUUUUAUAUACAUGCUGUUCAUUGAUGCGUUGAUUUUUGACUGUUGAUCGACAAGACCAUAAUGCUGAAAGAUAAGAGGGAAAUAUAGCGACAGAAAGUGCAAUCGAUGAUGAAGAGCGAUGAUACUUGUUCCAUGACGGACAAGUGUUCCGUUCCAAAACUUCCGACACUCACAUAAUUUCAAUAGUUGGAGGGCAGCUUAAUUUGAUUUCAUCACUCGUGCAAAGUUUAGAAGAAAUUGGAAUAAUCCGAUUUUAAGACGAAUGAUUUUUAAGAGUGUCUUAAAAUUUGCCGCAUUGAAUCUUCUUAUUUCCGAUAUCGCAUGUACAUAUCCUUCGUCAGAAGAAAUAAACUGUCUAAGGUGUUUUGAAAAUUUGUCAAGUUCGUAGACGACUGUUGCCAUUGGACAUCUAUCGUGUUGAAGUUUCAACUAUCGGAAUAUCGGGACACGUCAGAUCCACUUUGCAAGUUCAGUUUGCAAAAGGCCCGGCGGAUAUCUUGUUUCAUUCCGUGAAGGUUUACCGCACGAUCGAAUGCAUUAGCGGGACUUGCGACGGGCGUAGAGAGACAGAGGCGCUCCGAAUCCGAAGUGAACCGCUUUCAAGAGGAGGCUGCUCUGCACUCUACGACGAUAAAACUACAAUCGCUAUUCGGAAUCUGUCAGCGGAGGCUUCGCUCCGUUACCGGAUCCGUUUAUCCGGCAAAUCCUGUGAUCAUCCGCUCGCCCAAUACGCCCCAUGGAAUCUCGCAGCAGCGAAAAAUUUACCUGACAGAACGCAUCGGUCAUGGAAUAGAAAAAAGGGGACCGAUAACAAACGGCGUAAAUGGCCCGGAGCGGAUAAAGUUUCAACUACUCGCGAUAUCCGCGUUUGAAGAAUCGCGUCUACGUCGAUCGGAAAAUCUGCCGAGGAGAUCGAUCGCGUGCUUAAAUCGUCCAACCUGAAAAGAAUCUUACGCGAAGAAAUCUCGGGAAAAAACGAAAGAUCGUCGAGUAAGAUGGGAAAAACCGUAUGGCGAUAGCAUACAUCGUCAUUAAAAGUCCGGUGUGUUUCGUUCUUGAGAGGCUCGAAAGACAAAUAGCUGGCGUCUCAUUAAAUGAACGACGGGUAGGUGAGAGACAAGAUAGAUAGGGGACGGCUGCGUGGCAUGUCGGUUGACGGCGACGGCUACGGCAGCAACAACGACGGCAAAGAACGGUGGAUGAUGUGGAUGGCGGCGCAAUGCAGCAGCGGCGGCAGAAGCAACAGCAACGACAACGACAUCAACGACGAGAACGGCAGCAGCGUCGGGGGUUGCAAUUAGUGCCGGCUCGCAACGGCCGCGAGACAACGUAACGACUGAAGGGGGGGCGUGCAGGGGGCCGUUAGGGGGUCGAGGGUGUGUGCAGUGCGCGUGAAAGGGGGACAAAAUGUGGUGGAGGUGGCGGUGGUGGAGUGUCGUGACGACGACGACGACGACGAUGCUGGUCUUGGUAGCCGCCACGGCGUACUCGCCGUCUGUGGAACUAUCCGAUCUAGAUAAGCCAAUACCGAUCAUUGCCAUUGACGGUGUCAUUGGAAACAAGGUGCAGCUCCCUUGCGACAUUCGUUCCAAUAACGACGAAAUCAACAUGGUGCUUUGGUACAAGGAAGGCAGAAGUGAACCGAUUUACAGCUUUGACGUACGCGGCCGCCGGCAGUACAGCAACGCCCGCCUUUGGUCGUCGCCUUUGGCAUUGGGACCAAGAGCUUUUUUUGUCACGGCGACGAAUCCAGCUCACCUCAGCAUUGAUCGGCUGGAGAGCACCGAUGAGGGGACCUACCGGUGCCGGGUGGACUUCAGAAACUCGCCGACGCGGAAACAAAGGAUGAACUUAACCGUUAUAGUGCCUCCAUCGAAGCCGGUAAUAUUGGAUGGGGCGACGAGGACCGUUUUGGGCAUCGAGAAGCGGUACAACGAGGGGAGCGACGUGAACCUGAUUUGCGAGGUUCGUGGUGGCAAGCCGCUCCCGAAGCUGACGUGGUAUCUCGACAAUACCGUGAUAGACGAGUCCUAUCAGUACGAUACCCGGGAUGGGUUAACGGUUAACCACUUGACGUAUCCGAAAAUUGGACGACAACACCUCAAGGCGAGACUCAUCUGUCAGGCCAGCAAUACGAACUUGGUGCCACCGCAAACCAAAUUGCUCAUCCUCGAUGUGAAUCUAAAACCGUUGAUAGUUCAAAUCCUGACGAAGGAAACGAGAGUUUCAGCCGACAAAAAUUACAACGUGGAAUGUCGCACGAGCGGUUCACGACCAGAAGCAAUGAUUACUUGGUGGAAAGCAAAUAAGCCAAUCAUUAAGCCGACUGAAACCUACCCGAUCGAGAACAAUCAGAGCUUGAGUAUCCUCAGUUUCGUGCCAACUAUAGAGGACGACGGUAAAUAUUUAACAUGCCGCGCGGAAAAUCCUGAUAUAUCAGACAGCGCGUUGGAGGACAAGUGGCGGCUUGACGUACAAUACCAGCCGGUGGUCAUCUUAAGGAUGGGCGAAACGCUGAAUCCGGAUGACAUCAAAGAGGGCGACGACGUGUACUUCGAGUGUAUAGUGCGGGCAAAUCCGAAGGUGUACAAGCUCGCCUGGUUCAAAGAUGGCAAAGAAUUGAAGAAUAAUUCUACAGCGGGCGUAGUCCUCAGCGACCACUCUUUGGUUCUCCAAGGAUUGACUCGUUACUCCGCCGGCGAUUACACCUGUCUCGCCGCGAACAGCGAGGGAAAGACGGCCAGUAAUCCGGUGUCGCUCCAGAUAAUGUAUGCGCCGGUGUGCAAGGAGGGCAAGAGCGAAGUGGUGGUUGGCGCUUUGAAACAGGAGACCGUGUCGUUAGUGUGUUCCGUGGAGAGCCAUCCGGCGCCAUUGACUUUCCAUUGGACAUUCAAUAAUUCCGGCGAGCUCGUCGAGGUACCACACUCGCGUUACUCCCACGUAUCGGCGCCCGGCGCGCCAGACAGCCUGAAAGAGUACCAGCAGUUUCACGGGUACAGACUGAACUACACACCGGCCACGGAAAUGGAUUACGGUACGGUGGCAUGUUGGGCGAGCAACCAGGUUGGCAAGCAACGAACACCUUGCCUUUUUCAGGUUAUAGCCGCGGGUCGCCCGUACGCUCUUCACAAUUGCAGUGCCACGGAGAUGUCAGCUCCUCUGGAUAUGGAGGAGCUUGGCACGAAAUCGGGAACGGGGCUGGUAGUCCGGUGCCUGGAGGGCUACGACGGAGGUCUUCCGAUAUAUAGUUAUCAGCUGGAGGUUGUGUCUGAUGAAGACGGAGGUCCGAUUCUCCUAAAUAAAACCGUACCGGCGGGUCCCAACGGGCCGACUUUCGAAGUCGCGGGACUAACGACGGGAAGAAGCUAUCGACUUUUUCUCUACGCGAUUAAUGCGAAGGGAAGGAGCGAGCCUGCCAUACUCGAGCCGGUAACCCUGAAGGGUGUCGCUAUGUACACGACUGGCAACACCGAUGCAUCGAUGCUGAAUCCGUUGUUGCUGGGCUUGGCAGCCAUGGCGACGCUUUUGGCCCUGGCCGUUGCUGGAAUCCUGGCGGCGCUCUACCGGAAGCACUCCACCGGCCGACCCGGAAGUCCAAAGCACGCUCCCAUCGUAUGCGAGCCGCCUAAUGCAGGUGCAACCACCCCGGUGCACCCUCAGACCAAGCAGGCGGUCGAUGACAUCGAUCCAGACAUCAUACCCAACGAGUAUGAAAGAAGACCCCUAACGUACACUCCCGUCUAUAAGACACCGCCACAACGAAAAAAGAAAGAUCGCGCCACCGAUGAGGACGUCUCGCCGGAGAAAAGGCCGAUCGUUCAGCACGGUCUGGACCUGCCUCCGGAUCCGAUGUUGACCGACUGCCUGCCAACGCCUACCAUAAAUUAUCCGCAAAAUCACGUGUCUCAGCAAAGCGCUUACAAUCAUCCGCCCACGAUGGCUGAUUUCAAACAGAUGGCGAUGGACGCCUAUAAUCAGCGUAACAACCAAAACGUAUAUUAUAGCCUUCAGAGGACGAGCAAAGGGCUCUCGUCGAUGCCACAGAGGCCCGUUUCAUCGUCGAUCUCCGCGCAAGGCAAAUUCCAUCAACCUGAAGUGGUGACACGCUCGAAUCGGAUACAGGAGAGCUGUAUAUAAGUUCGGAGGGGGUUUUCCUGCGGGAUCGACCUCGUGAGCUUCUAAGACGCCGCUGGCGAUUAUAUUUACACGUGUAAAUGUAACGAGUACAGGCGGGGGAGCAGCGUUAUGUAGGGAUCCGUGGAUCCCCGAGACGCGAGCGCGAAGUCUAACGUGGUAUCUUCCCAUAUAGUUGGUACACGAGUUUCGAACCACUCCGCGAAACACACUUAACGUUUACUGUACAAAACCGUAGAGAGGCUGAUGGUGGUGUUCCAGAUCGUAUUGAUGGGAACGCGGUCUCUCCUCGAGAUUACGUUACGCCGAUAUGCCGUCGGGGACGGCGCCUACAUUUUCAUAUAUAAUUUUGCGGGGGAGACGAGAAAGGCGAAACGAGACAUUAGCGAGUUAGAGAGAUACCCGUACAUGUCCAGAAAUAUUUCUUUACUGCCAUACUGAGGUAUAAACGAUAUAUCGUAACGUACAAAGAGUCUAACCCCUAAAAGUAGUUAAUGUCAAUAACGAGGAAGAGAUGAGGCUGGGUCAAAAGGGAGCUGAAGAAAACUUUAACGACGCUUUAUACCUUAUUCAUACUUCCGUUUUCCAAGUCGGGUACAAAACGGCGUCUUUAUAUAUGGACCUCAACAUACUAAUUCUUUUGGAAUUUUUACAACCUAUCAAAACUACUUUCAAAGUAGAGUUGCUCUUACAGCAACUGUAAGGUAACACGAUUGAGAACAUCAAAGCUCAUUCUCCAGCCUUAUCCUCAAAAGUACUAACGAUAUUAAUGUGAUCGUAUUCGAAGCUCAUCACUGCUCAUGUUUUUUCGUACGCAAAAUUUUUAUAACAAUUCAGACAGAAAAUAAAAAUUCGUUCAAAAGACUUCGCCGAACUCAAGAGAAUCUCUUAAGGAGCGACGUCUUCGUUCCCGAUCACUGACGCGGCACUGACGAACGUGGAUUUUACUGUUUAUAUAUGGAACUAGUUUUUGUACAAAGAUCUAUUGUAAAUAGACACGAGCCUGGCCCUAGAAUUAUAGUCACUAAUGUCCGAAUUUCAUCCGUUACACGUUAAGUCGAGAGGUGUCCGAUCGCGUAAGAUAAAAACUCGAUGGCAUACGAAUACGAAUAAAGAGAAUACGUUUCAUCUGUUUUA